AUGUUCAUAGCCUCAUUUGGAUAUAUGUUUGCGUUCGGUUAUGAGGAAUACACAAAAGAACUCAAUCCAGUCAUUUUUCAAAUACAAUCAAGUGUAGUAUCAGGCAUUAAAUCUGGAUUUUUACCUGAAGAUAUCAGAAAAGACUCUAUAAAUCCUACACAGUACGAUUUUAAGCUUCAUAAUUGAUUGGGAUCCUAUAUAAUAAAAAGGAGUUUUAUAAUAAUGGAUGCUGAUGGGGACAAGCAUGCAAGGAUUCAAGAAAUGUUCAAAAAGUUUGAUAAAGAUGGAGACCAAACUAUUAAUGCGAAAGAAUUGGAAGAGUACCUUCUAAACGAAGGAAUAAAUAUUGAGCAAGAAGAAUUGCAAGAACUUAUUGAAAAAAUUGAUGCUAAUGGGGAUGGAAAUAUUCAGUAUUCCGAGUUUGAAAGAGUAAUGGAUGAUAUUUUUGAUGGAGAAGCAGAAGAAAAUAUACUGAAGCAGAUUUUCGAUGCCCUUGAUAGAGAUCAUGAUGGACAACUAGGACCUGACGAAUUGAAGUAUGCUUUAUAUUGCUUAGGAGAGGAAGUUUCAGAUCCUGAUGUUGAAAAUAUGAUUCACUUUGUAACAAAUGGGAAUAAUUAUGUAGAUUUUGACGUAUUUAAGAAAAUUUCAAAAUAA